GUAAAAAUAGAAACUUUUCCCAAAUUCUUCCAGAAGAAAAAUUAAAAACUAAUAAAUUUGGGUUGGGUUUGCCAUUAUGAUUGUAUUUAAUCCUCCUCGAAAUAGAACAAAACCCUAAGGGUUCUUGUAAGAACCAAUCGCCGCCGGAUUCACCUCUUAACAUCGCCACUCUCAUUAUUUUCUAACUGUUCUUGCUCCUCUCCCUUUCAUUUCUCACGUUUAUUUUGUUCCCUUUAGAUUAGGUAUUGAACAACAUACCCUACAAAUUCGUACUCAGUGAUCAUGGGCACCUAACUCAUGGAAGCUUAAAUUAAAUUAUGCAGUUUCCUGAUUGAUUCUUCAGCUAUUUAGAGUUUCAGCUCCCUGAAUGACCGGUGCAGUUUUCUUACAUUUUUAUUUUGCUUUUCAAGUUAGUAGUUAUAACUUGUAAGGUACCACUCCCAUAAGUUGUAAAUACAAGAUUAUGUUUUGUUACGAGAAAAGAUUAGAUUUUUGAGAUUGUUGGUGAUUUAGUUUUUGGUUUAAGGUUUAUGGUAGUGAUCAGUAUUAGAUUGGUGAAGGGUUGUGGAUGAUCAAUUUGGGUUUAUGAAAUAAAAUGUUAUCUGAAUUGGGAAGGAGGCCGAUGCUUGGUGGUAACGAGGGUUCAUUUGGUGAUGACUUAGAAAAAGAGAUUGGAAUGUUGCUUCGUGAACAAAGAAGACAAGAGGCUCAUGAUCGCGAGAGGGAGCUCAAUUUGUACAGAAGUGGAUCGGCACCUCCAACUGUUGAGGGUUCUCUGAGUGCUGUUGGAGGGUUAUUUGGCGGCAGUAGUAGCGGUGGUGCAGGCGCAGGUGUGGGGGGUGCUUCUGCUGCUGCAGCCUUUUCGGAGUUUUCCAGAGCUAAGAAUGGUAAUGGUUUUGCUUCCGAGGAAGAGAUGAGGUCUGAUCCAGCUUAUCUAUCUUACUACUAUUCAAAUGUUAAUUUGAAUCCUCGGCUUCCGCCUCCUUUGCUGUCAAAGGAAGAUUGGAGGUUCUCACAGAGGCUAAAAAGUGGAGCUUCUGCUCUGGGCGGAAUUGGAGAUAGGAGGAAAGUGAACAGGACUGAUGAUAAUGGCGGUAGAUCUUUGCUUGCAACACCACCGGGUUUUAACUUAAGGAAACAAGAAAAUGAGGUGGAUAACGAAAAAAUGGGAGGCUCUUCUGAGUGGGGUGGUGAUGGACUCAUUGGUUUGCCUGGUCUGGGACUUGGGACCAAACAGAAGAGCCUUGCAGAAAUUUUUCAGGAUGAUAUGGGACGCAGCACACCUGUUAGUGGCUUUCCUUCUCGUCCAGCCAGCCGUAAUGCAUACGAUGAGAAUGCUGAUACCAUAAGUGCUGCUGAAGCAGAACUUGCUCAUUUACGGCGUGAUUCUUCUGCCGCUGAUGCUUUAAGACCAGGAUCAAAUCUUCAGGGGUCAUCUUGCGUCCAAAAUAUUGGCUCUCAAUCUUCAUAUACUUAUGCUGCUGCACUAGGUUCUUCCAUGUCACGAAGCACUACUCCUGAUCCGCAGCAUCUAGCUAGGGCUCCCAGUCCAUGCCCCACGCCUAUCGGUGGCGGGAGAGUUGCCGCUGCUGAGAAGAGAGGCAUUACAAGUCCUGAUGCAUAUAAUGGUGUUUCCACUGGGAAUGAGUCUGCUGAUAUUGUGGCUGCACUAUCUGGCAUGAACUUGUCAGCAGAUGAUGUGCUAGAUGGUGAUAACCAUUUCCAAUCACAAGUUGAGUCAGAGGUUGAUAAUCAUCGGAGAUAUCUUUUCGGUAUGCAAGGUGGCCAGGAUCAUGGCAAGCAGCAUGCAUAUUUUAAAAAGUCUGAAUCCGGGCACUUGCAGAAAUCAUCCUACUCUGAGUCAGUUAAGAGCAGUGUGACUGGAUCAGACAUCAACAGUCUGGCCUUUGAUAGGCAAAUUGAUCAACAGAAAUCUGGUGUUCCUUCCAAUAAGUCAUAUUUCAAGGGAUCACCUACUUCCCCUUUUAGUUCUAGUGGUGGUAUGCCAGUUCAAUACCAGCCCUUGGAUGGUACAAAUCCAUCAUUUACCAACUACAGCAUGAGUGGGUAUGCUGGAAAUCCUGCACUGGCUUCCUUGAUGGCUAAUCAACUUGGAACUGCUAAUCUGCCACCCCUUCUUGAAAACGUUGCUGCAGCUUCAGCAAUGGGAGCCCCUGGAAUGGACUCGAGAAUUCUUGGAGGUGGUUUGCCUUCUGGAGUUGCCACCCCAGCUGAUGUGCAUAGUCAUGGUCGGCUUGGAAAUCAAAUUGCAGGUGGUGCUCUGCAGUCUCCUUUCAUUGAUCCCGGGUAUCUUCAGUACAUGAGGACAUCUGAUUAUGCGGCAGCACAACUUGCUGCUCUUAAUGACCCCUCUAUGGACAGGAACUACUUAGGUAACUCUUACGUGAAUAUGCUUGAGCUUCAGAAAGCUUAUCUUGGGACGGUGCUUUCUCCACCGAAGUCGCAAUAUAAUGUUCCACUGGGUGGCAAGUCUGGUGGUUCUAAUCAUCAUGGUUAUUAUGGAAAUUCUCCAUAUGGUGUCGGCUUGUCUUACCCUGGAAGUCCACUAGCAAAUUCUUUAUCCAAUUCUCCUGUUGGAUCUGGCAGUCCUAUUAGACACAAUGACCUAAAUAUGCGCUUUGCAUCUGGAAUAAGGAAUUUAACUGGGGUCAUGGGAGGUUGGCAUCUGGAUGCUGGAAACGUGGAUGAAAGCAUUGCUGCUUCUUUGUUGGAAGAGUUUAAAAGCAAUAAAACCAAGUGUUUUGAGCUUGCUGAAAUUGCUGGUCAUGUCGUCGACUUCAGUGCUGAUCAAUAUGGGAGCCGAUUUAUUCAACAAAAGCUUGAAACAGCUACUACAGAAGAAAAAAACAUGGUUUAUCAGGAAAUCAUGCCACAAGCUGUUAAUUUGAUGACUGAUGUCUUUGGUAACUAUGUUGUUCAAAAGUUUUUUGAGCAUGGACUUGCAUCCCAGAGAAGAGAAUUGGCCAACAAGCUUUUUGGUAAUGUUCUGAGUCUCAGCCUUCAAAUGUAUGGUUGUCGGGUCAUCCAAAAGGCUAUAGAGGUUGUUGAUUUAGACCAAAAGAUAAAAAUGGUUCAAGAGCUUGAUGGUAAUGUCAUGCGCUGUGUUCGAGAUCAAAAUGGUAAUCAUGUCAUUCAGAAGUGUAUAGAAUGUGUCCCUGAGGAUGCAAUCAACUUUAUUGUCUCAACCUUUUUUGGUCAAGUUGUGGCAUUAUCAACCCACCCAUAUGGCUGUCGGGUGAUACAGAGAGUACUGGAGCACUGCAAUGACCCUAAUACACAACAGAAAGUUAUGGAUGAGAUUUUAGGUGCUGUUAGCAUGUUAGCGCAAGAUCAGUAUGGAAACUACGUCGUCCAGCAUGUACUAGAACAUGGGAAGCCUGAUGAGCGUUCAGCCAUUAUCAAAGAAUUAGCAGGCAAGAUAGUUCAAAUGAGUCAACAGAAGUUUGCCUCAAACGUUGUUGAGAAGUGUUUGACCUUUGGAGGUCCUUCUGAACGCCAAUUACUUGUGAAUGAGAUGCUUGGAUCAACAGAUGAAAAUGAGCCUCUUCAGGCAAUGAUGAAAGAUCAAUUUGCAAAUUAUGUCGUGCAAAAGGUGCUCGAGACUUGCGAUGACCAACAGCGUGAGCUAAUCCUUUCGCGAAUUAAAGUCCAUUUAAAUGCACUGAAGAAGUACACCUACGGAAAGCAUAUUGUUGCCCGUGUAGAGAAACUUGUUGCCGCCGGAGAAAGGAGAAUUGCUGCACAGUCUCCUCAUCCUGCUGCUUAGUUGGGCAUAGAACAAGUAUGUUGUUUGUACAGCUAACUGAGGCUAGUGUGAGCUUCUCCCAUUCUCUCUCUCUCUCAUUUUCUACCUGCACCCAGAGGGUAUGGUUGCCUCUGUCUAUAUUUAAAAAUAAAAUUAUCGGUUGUAAUGAACUGUACAUUUUGUAGUUCUAAGUUUAUACGUAGAAUUUAAGUGAGUUGGAGUAUCGGGUACGUGUAAGGUGCGGCGCGGCGCGCGCGCACAUACCUGAUGCUCAUGCAGAGGAGAUAAAAUGACGAUACAAGCCAGCCAGCAAGUCAAGGAUGAUGUAAAUUCUAUAAAUCGGUGAGGGUAGUUUUUACGAGUUGGCGAGAUCGAUGCGACUGUACAAAUAUGUUGCCAUGUGGAGAGCUGUUAAAUGUUUUAGUGAGAGCAGGAUUUUUCUUUCUUCAUGUAUGGUUAUUCACCGACUGUUUAUGCCCCCAAUUUUCAAGUUCACUUCUAUCUUCUAUGU